GCUGACUGGUGGCGUUGUCCAACACUGCAUAGUAAAAUUUAUCGUUGGGAAAACAUGCGCUGCUAUUACGAGGAGCUGGGACUCCAAAGAGACGCCAACGAUGGCGACAUCAAGACCGCCUACCGCAAGCUGGCCCUGCGCUGGCACCCGGACAAAAACCCAGACAGCUUGGCGGAGGCCAAGGAGCGAUUCCAGCUUAUCCAGCAGGCGUACGAGGUUCUGUCGGACCCGCAGGAGCGCUCUUGGUACGACAACCACCGUGAGCAGAUUCUGCGCGGCAAGAACUCGGAGUACGCAGAGAACUGCCUGGAUGUGUUCCAGUACUUCACCAGCAGCUGCUACAAGGGCUUCGGCGACGACGCGCAGGGAUUCUACCGCGUCUACGGCGACGUCUUUGUCCAGAUCGCCUCGGAGGACAUCGAGUUCAUGGACGGCGACGACCACCUUGGUCUGGCGCCCGAGUUCGGCAAUGCGGAUAGCAGCUACGAGGAGGUUGUGGGUCCCUUCUACGCCUUCUGGCAGGCCUACAGCACAAAGAAGACCUACGAGUGGCUCUGCCCGUACGACGUCCGCGAGAUCAAGGAGCGCUUCAUCCUGCGCAAGGUGGAGAAGGAGAUGAAGAAGAUCGUCCAGGCGGCCCGCAAGGAACGGAACGAGGAGGUGCGCAACCUAGUAAACUUUGUUCGCAAGCGGGAUCGCCGAGUGCAGGCCUACAGACGCGUGCUGGAGGAGCGGGCCGAGGCCAAUCGCGUAAAGCAGGAGGAGAAGCGCAGGGAGCAGCUGCGGAAGCGGCAGGCGGAACUCGCGGCCGCCAGGGAGAAUCAGGUCUACAACGAGGGCUACGAGGAGCAGCUGAAACAGCUGGCCCAGCAGUAUGGCAGUGACUCGGACGAGUACACGGAUGACGAGGACGAAGAGAACGAUGAAGGCGACGUGGACUCUGAAGACGAAAGCGAUCCAGACGCCGAUCCCUUGGAAGUGGAAUACGUAGACGAUCUCUACUGCGUGGCGUGCAACAAAACGUUCAAGAACGCCAAGGCGCGGGCCAAUCACGAGGAGAGCAAGAAGCACCGGGAGAACGUGGAACGGAUGCGUCAGGAGAUGGAGGCCGAGGAGGAGGCCUUCAAGGGCGAUGACUCCCACGAAGACAGUUUAAACGGAGUGGAAGAGGCUCUGGAUGAAUUAGAAAUCGCCGAUGAUCACCUAUCCGGCGACGAGGCGCUCAGCGAAGAGGAAUCCACGCAGACCAAGCGCAGCAAAAAGAAUAAAAAGUCCAAGAAAGCGGCUGCCAAGCAAGUGCCGGAGGAAGCCAGCGAUGGUCCAGACGAGCCCAUAGACCUGAAGGCCGCGACGAAGAGCGAAUCCGAAGAUGACGACUGGAGCAGCAAGAAGGCCUCCAAGAAGACAAAGAGCAAAAAGACAACUUCAACGAACAAGGUGAAGCCAGCAGAGCAAGCAGCUCCAGAACCAGCACCCAAGGAGGCCAGGGCGGCACCAGGCGGCGAUGAGGAUCUCGAGGCGACAACGCCGCAACACACCUGCGUCACCUGCCGGCUCGUCUUCGACUCGAAGAACAAGCUGUUUGCGCACCUGAAGAAGACCAACCACGGCGUCUACAUACCCAAGGCCAAGCCAGAUGUCGAGGGCAAGCCGCCCGGCAAGGCCAAGGGCAGGCGCAACAAGUAACCCUGGAGGGAAAGCCUCGUAUCCUUACAAUAGAAAAGUUAGACGUUUAUUUAUGCUAAUGUUAAAGAUAAUUCGAGAAUGAAGUUAAGUAUGCUCGCUCUAA